CAAGUGAGUGCGACGCAUUCAAGUAUUAUCCUCUAGUUGUUAUGAACGCCAGGACUUCUGCACCAGCUAGGAUCACUACAUUCAUUGUAGAAACCUCGAUCUUUCUUACCUUUUCUUAGUUUUAUCAUGAUGAGUGAAAUAUGUGCUGGGACCGGGAGUCAGAGGACGUAAAAAGUCUCUCGAAACCUGUUCGUUAGUCGACGACUUCGCUCGUCUCGCUUCUUGUUCUUCUAGGAGUCACUAGAACGACAACAUUCACUGCUGAGGAAAAAGGGAACUUAGUGAAAAAAAAUCACUAGUUCUAGAGUCUUCGAUAGUUCUAGAUCUGCUUUUGCGGCACGAAGCAACUUCUGGGACGAUCAACGAAAGUAAAAAACAGCACCACGACUUCUUCUUCUCUUACAUUCCUGGUCGUGCAGGUGCACAAGCAGAAGGAUGCCAGCGGCGAAAGAGCAACAUCCUAGUACUGCGCUGCUGCUGCAGGCAGACGAUUCCGCGGUAGUGCUGGACGGGAAAGUGCCUAAGUACAAAGUCAGCGGAGAACAGAGGAAAAAACUGCGUGACAAUAGUCUUUACGGCAAUGACGUUUUAAAUUGGGAAACCGCAGGUCGGGAGUUCGGCUACUGCAGUCCGUUUAGUCGCAUCAAGGUUAAGGUCAGCUUUUAUCCAUCCCUCUCAGCAUCUCGGUACUGCCCUUUUCCCUUCUUGUAUUUGAUGGGAAAAAUAAAUGGGUCCAGAUCAUGAGGGGCCGAGAUGAAUAAAAGACGACUCUAACAAGGGAGAGAAAAGAAGCGAAAAAUAUAGCAAUCCAUUGACCGCGCCGUACAAUCAUGCAGUCGACAAAAAGAAUUUUCAGUUAUGAAUAUCAAUACGGAACAAGUAGGUACAAUUCACUAGUAUUUCACUCUUCCACCGCCUCUAUUUAUCCCACUCGAAUCCUCUCAUCCUGUGAAACUCCCAUUCUAAUCCCCGACUACUUGGAAAAGCAAGCUGAGGUGAAUCCACGCCGAGGUCGCACGCGGACUGAGAUGCGUAUAGACCAAGUGGCCGACCGAGUUCCGGACUUGUCCUACGACUUCGAUGGUGAUGGCGUCGUUGGGCAAAGAGACUACUUCGUCGGCAGGUUCUUUGACACGGAGAAUUAUGGCAAACGAGAACUACAGCAAGAACUCAGAUUCACUUCGUUCAUAGGUCACCUAUAAUAGUACUUUUCUCUGUUGUUCUCAUCUCGUACAAUUCAUCUGAGUAGAACAUGUAAAGAAACUCAAGUAGUAGAGGGUUAAUGAGGACCAUUUGUGGUGUAAUGAUGAUGAGUAGUAGAGUUUAUCGACCUCAUCUUCUAAGACAAGAAAGGCAGCCUCACGUCGGAGCAACGAGCAACUGCAGAGAAGGAACUGCAAAACGGGUUUUUGGACAAGUUCAAGUUUGGUUUCGAUGCUACAGGAUCUGCGAACCCUGAGAUGGUCGUUUCUCAGAAGGCUGGAAGGAUUUUGACCUGCAACAACAUGAACGAACUGAGUUUGAGCUAUCCGGCGAGGUCUACAACUGUUUGAUGAUUAUAGAUAAUUAUCCUUUUCUAAAUUUUUGAUAAUCUUGCUCUGGUCUUUCUUUUUUCUAGUUAGGUCUGCCCCACCACAAUUAUUAGGGAUAAUUUUUUUGUUGACUUGGACUUGGUGUGUGAGGAAAAAAUGACCUUUAUUUCAUUCCCUUGAAAGAUGAUUGAGUGAAUAACUGGACCAAAAAAAACAGACCACAAGAUGGAUACGAAGCCACCCCUUUAUCCAACACGCCACGACUUCUACAACGCUUCUUCAACAUCCCAGGUAUCCUCCCCAUCAUCCUGCGCCGAAACACAAGUGUGGGACCGAGAUGAGGAUGGACCGCCUAGCUGAGGCGCGCAAUUCCGCCAACGACCUGUACAGCGAGUACCUUAAGAGCCAUCCACCACGUGUAAAGGAGAAAAUGGAUCUGCAGAGUCCAUGCAAGCGGUUAGAUGCUGUAGGCGACGAAAAAUCAGGACCAAGGCAUACCAGUCUACCUGCGAUCACGAGUAUCCGAGGUAGAGCGUUUGCCGAACAUCAGUUACGGCUAGUUUUUCACUAUCCUUCUAUGUGAGCUAAUAUGCUGAGUGGGGUCCCCCUUAUAUGUUAUGAUAUAAAGGGGAACCUACUUCUCAAAGAGGGGGCGGCGCAGUGCAUCUGCAUCUCACUCAACCAGGGAUGGAUGCUUCUCACUCAACCAGGGACGAUAGUGAAAAACUGGAGCGCUAAAUCAAGCAGCCAGAGUUAGAGCAGGUUUGUUGCCCAUAGGCACACAGAUCAACCCAGAAAGAGAGGAUAAAAUCCCAGGCUUGGGAUACACAGAGCAUCCACAAUGUGCAACGAGGAGUGAAAUAAAGUUAAGAUUUGAAUCGACAAGUACAAGUAGAGAUUGUGGACGUUCGAAUGGACAAGUACAAGAGAUUGUGGUACAACAACAACUACUACAAGUAGGAUCAUGUCGAGGAACUACUACAAGAGAUUCUGCUUUCUAAUAUCGUUUAGUGCAUUUUUUCCAAUUCGACAUGAAUUCUAGACGUAAGCAACUGUUCAGCUAACUUUUCAGCUAGUUAAGUAAUCAUCGUGUUCAUCUAAUAUCCGAAGCUCGUCGCCGUGCGAAACGGGAGGACGCGGAGGCGCAGAGGCGAUAUGGAGAGGAGUUCUGCUUAACUCCUCGUGUGCGGAAGAGCAUGUACGAAGCGGCAUGUCAUCAAUUUAGGAAAGGUCCAGAUGGUAGUGGCACAGAAUCAAAGACAAGGAGCUUGUUAAAGGCAAACCGCAAGCGGGAUCGCAUGGAAUAUGACAGGAAACACUUUGGGGAAUAUGGUAGUACCUUUUAGAUGACCUAUGUAUAAUAAUAUUUGAUGUCUUUUUUAAACAUUUAAUAUGAUUACGAUCACCUUACUUGGUUAUUUCAGUUAUUUAUCGACGAAUACUUUGUGAUACAACUAGUUGUUGUGGUUUUCCUUUUCUCAUGAUCACGAGUCUUCCACUGUGCAUCUUCGAUUCUCAUUCAGCCUCACGUUCAUCAAAUCAAUAAAGUAAGAUAAUGAAUCCUCCCACCUGAACAUGAACAGAGCGAACACUUGCGGGUCGUUACAGCGAUCAGGGCGAGGCCUGGUGGACGCUUGGUCGUGGGGAGAAGCAUAAACCUGGGCUCAAUGUUGUACCACAUCCGGACCUGAAAAUCACUGAAACGGUCCAGCCGGAUUUUGUGAGCUACGUUCCUGGCGGGGAAGGGGCUAACUGCGGGACGGGACGUGGCCAGUUCGGCUUCGUCGGGGGCGCAGUCGACUACGAAAGGGAGCCAGUAGGUGGGCGUGGGCCUAGUGCGAUGAGCGACGCACUGCAACGGAGCAAGAGUGCCACGGUUCUCGACUCGGCAGCCGCAAGGAAGAACCACCUGCCAAGCGGCGUACCGGAUCAAGUGCGCAUUAGAGUGGACAGUUCUUUGCCACCUCUGUACCGAAAGCUGUAUGAGGGAGUUCCUUCGGCUGCGCAGCGGCGUCUCUUUGACGCAAUCACUGACGUAAGCAAUGCGGAAAGGCAAAGCAGUCCAAAGCACAGGCAAUGGACAGGAGAAGACCAGUUGCUCGAUGCGACGAGUAUUAUGGAAACGCACGACUUCAUCGUGUCUUGUUCGUGUCAGAAAUAAUACUAAAGAGGACAUCAGCAUAUUUAGUUAGUGUACACGAGUGGUGAGAGAAUCAUGCUCGUUCCUCCCUCGACACGUUCUUGCUCAAUUACCAGAAAAUCAGGGACUUCGACGGACAACUUGUUUACGUUCAUAUUAGAGUUAGACCUUGAUGGCAUUUACAGAAGAAGUUAAAGUUUCAAUUUCUUGAUUGCAAGUUGUACUUCAGGAGAGAAGUCUCAUUACCACUUCACCCAAAACAUCUCUAACUUCCGCAUCCAAUCCGUCCGAGAUCGAUCUGCUAGGGAUAAGCACGUUCGCAGGCAAAACCUAAGGUCACAGGCUAGAGGUGGUGGCGGUGGAAAGGUCGUCUCCGAAUUCAGCGAGGAUCACCCGAGAAAUCUGUCUCUCACAGGUGCCCACAACAGGUCUCUCACUGCUACGACUGCUAGCAGUGGUGCAGAAACUCAGAAGCUGUCGAUUUACCACAGACGAAAGGACAGCGGAGCCACAGGCAGUAGUGCCUCGCAGCAAAACGCUAACUCCUCGUCGGCUAGUCGACCGAGGAGUAUGCGCGGAAGCAAUAGGGGGACUGGAUCGACUCAGUCUCUGAAUAAUACCAUGGUGAACAGUACUGCAGUCCAAUCUCGCAAGGAGUCUUUGCAGCAAAGCGCAUUGGUCGGAGUAAGUGGCGUCACCAGUAAAGACAGUGUGGGAGGUUUAUGCUCCAGGAUUUGUUUGUUUCUACAGAUGAAUCGAUUCUGAUUGUUGUUUUUAUACUAGCAUUGCAACUUCUUCCCUGGUUUUACUCAAAAUUAUCAUACCCCCCGACUGGGUACAUUCACCCAUUAUAUUAUGAAACCAAAAUACUCUAUUUAAAUACUAUUAAAAAUCCCCGAACGCUCUUCGCCUUUAAUGUGAACACUAAAGGACCCCUAAAGCGCCUUUAAUGUGAAUGCUAAAGGGCUCCCCCCCCCUUUAGUGUCAACACUAAAGGACCCUUAAGGCGCCUUUAAUGUAAACACUAAAGGACCCCUAGGGCGCCUUUAAAGUAAACACUGAAGGCCUUUCAUGUGGGCAGCAGAUGGCCUUGGGGAAGAGCAAGAACAUCAACAACAGCAAGAACACCAACAACAGCAAGAACACCAACAACAGCAAGAACAUCAACAACAGCAAGAACAUCAACAACAGCAAGAACAUCAACAACAGCAAGAACAUCAACAACAGCAAGAACAUCAACAACAGCAAGAACAUCAACAACAGCAAGAACAUCAACAACAGCAAGAACAUCAACAACAGCAAGAACAUCAACAACAGCAAGAACAUCAACAACAGCAAGAACAUCAACAACAGCAAGAACAUCAACAACAGCAAGAACAUCAACAACAGCAAGAACAUCAACAACAGCAAGAACCAACAUCAACAACAGCAAGGACACCAACAACAGCAAGAACAUCAACAACAGCAAGAACAUCAACAACAGCAAGAACAUCAACAACAGCAAGAACAUCAACAACAGCAAGAACAUCAACAACAGCAAGAACAUCAACAACAGCAAGAACAUCAACAACAGCAAGAACAUCAACAACAGCAAGAACAUCAACAACAGCAAGAACAUCAACAACAGCAAGAACAUCAACAACAGCAAGAACAUCAACAACAGCAAGAACAUCAACAACAGCAAGAACAUCAACAACAGCAAGAACAUCAACAACAGCAAGAACAUCAACAACAGCAAGAACAACAGCAAGAACAACAGCAAGAACAACAGCAAGAACAACAGCAAGAACAACAGCAAGAACAACAGCAAGAACAACAGCAAGAACAACAACAACAGCGAGAACAACAACAACAGCGAGAACAACAGCAAGAACAACAACAACAGCAGCAGCAAAAACAACAAAGACAGCAAGGACAACAACAACAGCAGCAACAACAACAACAAGAGCAACGACAGCAACAAAACAACAGCAGCAACAACAAAGCAGCAGCAGCAAAGCAACAGCGACAAAACAGCAGCAACAAAACAGCAGCAGCAAAACAUCAGCAACAAACAGCAGCAAACAGCAACAAACAACAACAACAACAGCAACGACAGCGACUAUUUACAUACUACGAAAAACCCUCGAGCACUAAUGUGAACACUAGAGGACCCCUAAGGCGCCACGAAUGUGAAUGCUAAAGGACUCCCUUCCCCUUUAAUGUCAACACCAGAGGACUCCUAAGGCGCCUGUAAUGUAAACACUAGAGGACCCCUCGCCUUUAAUGUAAACACUAAAGGACCCCCAAGACGCCUCUCAAGUAAACACUGAAGGCCUUUCAUGCUGCCACAUUUUCAAAGGGAAUCGGUGGCAGUACUGCCACCUUCCUCUUGUAUUUAAAGCCUGCGCGCUCCCGCUCCCCUUUGCCGCAGCGCGGAGGGGAGUGCGCGCCCUUCGGGCGCCCGUUUCACCUUCUGAAACCAUUCACCCCUGCCCACGUCCCUAGCGUAUCCCUUUCCCUUCCUUAACGUCUCCCGGGGCACCCGGGCCCGGGGAGUAUGUUAUCAUUAUCAUACUUUUCUACUUAAGAAACUUGAUAAUGAUAACAGAUUUUCUGUUCAUAUAUAUUUGAGUAGUAGAAAAUGGAUAGAUAUCUGGAGACCCUCUCACUCUGUUCCAGAGUGAAAUAUCCUUAUCCUCACGAUUUCCCUCUUUCAUCACCUCCGCCACUCCGGGAUAACCACGUAUACUCGGCAAAUAACCAGCUGACGAACUCUUUGCGUAUGCUGAGUCCGUCCAGGCAGAGCAAUCAAGUGUCAUUGCUUUCGUCCACUAUCUCAUCGAAACAAGGAAAUUCAGCAAGCUCAGAGAUGCACCAGAGACUAGCACCGAAUGUACCUACAACUACUGCUUCAUCAUAGUACUUUUUUUGAACGACCACUCAUAGAAAAAACCAUAGUACUUUUUUUGAAUCUUGAACUCUCUACUAGCUCCCUUCUUGUUACGCAUGAAGAUCAAGAUCCAACCAAGGCGUUCGGUGAUUGCAAAACAAUAAGUUGCCUCCUUUAUCGUUUUUCUUGUUCGUUCUCUGCUUCCACUUCUAGCCUUAACGACCUCAUAACUAAUUGACCACGUGGUAAAAGAGGACACAUGAUGACAUGACAUAGUCUUGUUAGGGGCGAUUCCAAUUCGAUAGUUCGAUUUCCUCCUUCAUUCGUAAACAUCACCACAACUGCAAGCAAAGCAUAGUCCUUCAGGACUACCAUAGUCCUCCAGGACUCCAGUUUUCCAAUCUAUCAUCCAGAUCGCUGCCGGCGGCCACCGUGUAGUCAAAGUGAAACCGAACAAGGACCUCGAAGUAGUCAGGAAGCCAGCUGCUCCUCCAGCCAUGAUGGGAUAUCCUGGUUUGCACAGUCCGGGCAAGGUCGGAGCCGCGGUUCGCGCUGGAGGCUUCGUUUUUCCAGAUUCACUAGUGACCGGCCAUGAUAGGAGAACACAUCCUUGGUGAUAAGAGCACCAGAGGAUCGAUAGCCAGGAGUAUAUAGAUACGAUUAAGUAGAACGAACAAGUAAUUAUAGGUCGCAUCUAAUUCUAAAUCUGAAAAAUGUAUAGCAUAAAACUUCACAGAUGAGGAGUCAACCACAAGCAUUAUAUUAGAAUGCAAACCAUUGCACAGCUACUAUUUGAUACAUAUACCUUCACUAGAUUGUAACUUCAAAAAAGAAUCAUCAAAAUUCAGAGUCUUCUUCAACGAAAAACAAGAAGCAAGAGGUAUGUAGCAGCACUUCUACUUCUAGAAAGUGCUGCUCCUUGAGUGAGCAACAUGGCAAAUUUGUAAAAAAUUAGUCUGGAGGACCACAGCGAAUUCGACAUAGCAUGAAAACAAACUACUUAGCAUUCAACAUAGAUGAAACCAAACAAUAGCUUCUUGUUAUUCAAAAAUUUGUCUUCUUCUUAUUCCAUAUUACACUCCAUACGAAUAAGCAUUCAUACUCAUUACUACAUUCAUCCUAUUGAGCUUUCUCAAUCUACACAUUUCUUACAGCAUAAAUCAAACAUAAGAACUAUCAAACGCCUGCUCUCCCAAAAAUUAGUAUCUAGUGCAACAAAAGAACCUCAUCAGCAAACAACUUUAUCCAUAUUAAGCAAGAAGUAUCAACACUAGAUUAUCUGUCCUGUAACUGUAAGUUUUCCUUUCGUACUCCUAUCUAUCAAAAACAACUGGUAGAGGCGCAGGAGCUGUACUCGAUACCAUAGUAGUUGGCUACUUGUCAUUUCCAUUUUGGUACAAUCAUCAAAGCAAACAUCAACAAGAAAACAGCAACAUGAUCCAUCUCUAAGCUUGACUUGUCAGGAACUCAUGAGGAGUCAUCAAGCUGUACUAAAAGUAACUUCGUACUAGUAGUUGUAGUACUCUCUCAAUCAAGUCGUGCUCAACAUCUCGUAUUGCCUCUUCCUUGUAAAGCAAACAAAAAAGGGGUGCAAGUGAUUAGAUCUGAUAAAAG